GCGGGAAAAUCUUGUGAAAAAGUUUCCAUCUGCCUCAGAAACUUUUCUGGGAGAGCUCUCACCAAAAAAGUUCUUCUCGUCUCUCUCUCUCUCUCUCUGGUUAUUCUUUCUCCAGAUUCUCUCCUCCUAAAUCAGAGACGAUAACGCUAUAAACAACAUUUCUACAGGGUUUUAUUGUUUGACUUUGGUGGAAUAGUUUGGAGGAAAAUGAUAGGUUUAUUAACUGAGAGUAGCAGCAGCAGUCAUAUGGUGGUAAAUGUGGAUGGAUUGAUGCGUCCGGUGCCUUUGUCUCCGGUUAAUGCGGAGGUUGAGGAGAUGAGAUCAGAGUCGCCGGUGGUUAAUGAGAAGGCGAUUGAUAUAUCUGAUGAUGAUGAUGAGAAUGAACCGCUUAUUGUCUCUGCGGAAUGUCGUAUUUGUUCUGAUGAGUCUCCUGUUGAGAAUCUUGAGAGUCCUUGUGCUUGCAGUGGCAGCUUAAAGUAUGCUCAUAGAAAAUGUGUUCAGCGUUGGUGCAAUGAAAAGGGAAACAUUAUAUGCGAGAUUUGUCAUCAGUCUUACCAACCUGGAUAUACAGCUCCACCACCUCCACUUCAGCCUGAAGAAACAACUAUUGACAUUGGUGGAGGAUGGACAAUCUCAGGUUUGGAUGUGCAUGAUCCUCGUCUCCUUGCUAUUGCUGAAGCUGAACGUCGGUAUUUAGAGUCUGAAUAUGUUGAAUAUACAGCUUCAAGUGCAAGCGGGGCCGCAUUUUGUCGCUCAGCUGCUCUAAUAUUAAUGGCUCUUCUUCUCUUACGACACGCACUGACCAUAACAGAUGAUGCUGAUGGAGAAGAAGACGACCCAUCUUCCAUACUAUCUCUUGUCUUGCUCCGAGCUGCUGGUUUUCUUCUUCCAUGCUAUAUCAUGGCUUGGGCCAUCAGUAUUCUACAGCGCCGAAGACAAAGACAGGAAGCUGCAGCUUUGGCUACACAGUUUGCAUUGGUGCUUCAGUCAGGGCAGCCUAGAACAGUUCACUUCACGGUAUCACCGGGAAUAUCAUCAUCCCCCAUGGCUCAUGCGACUACAUCUACACAACAACAGCAUGACGAUCCUGUCUGAAUUCUAAUCUAAUGUCAUAACUAUGGAGCCAUUACAAGGUACGAGGGAAAUCGAAUGAAGAGUUUGAUGUCUGUAAAUUUAGAAUAUUGUAUGAGUAAAUGAUUGAAAUCAUU